UGGUGGCACUGGUGGGUGGGCACAGGUGGGUGGCACAGGUGGGUGGCACUGGUGAGCACAGGUAGGUGGCACUUCUGGGCACAGGUGUGUGACACUGCAGAGUGGCACAGGUGGGUGCACUGCUGGGCACAGGUGGGCGGAGCUAGUGGGUGCACUGCUGGGCACAGGUGGGCGGAACUUGUGGGUGGCAUUGCUGGGCACCGAUCAUCAGGGCACUGAUCAUCAGUGGCCCUGAUGAUGGGUGCCAAUCCUCGCUCUGACAACUGCCGGUUCUCGGCAGUACUUUCCUCACGAUCUGACAGCGUGAGGAAAGUGCAGCCGAGAACCGGCACUUGCAU